CUAUUGACCAAAAUAAGGAAAUCUGUGCCAUGAAAGCAGGAAGACAAACGUUAUUGUUCUGUAUAUCACUAAGUAAAAAAUGGAGAACCUACGCCUUGUUUCCGAUGAAUAUUUCCGUUCGCUCAAUUCUAUUGCAAAACGCAUUUGUGAUGAUAUUAGUUCGACUCGUGAAAACUAUGAAUCUGCCUGGAAUUAUCUCAGCGUCGAAGAACAAAAUCAAGUAAUCAACGAAAGCCUGAUCUAUCCUGAUGCUGUCUUAAGAUAUUCGAUAAUGGCCGAGCCGUACAAGCCAGUAGAGAGUUUCCCCACAUUGAAACUCUCCUGUGGCUGUAAAGUAUUGCAAGAUGACACAGGUGCUGAAUGGAGAGACGAGCAUUCUGCACCAUUCUCUUGGAAAACUUCAAGUCAGAUGCUGGACAUCUCAAGCAAAACAAAUCCCUCCCAGGCCAAAGAAACAAACCAACUUCCAAAAAAGAAAAAGCCACCAAUGCCUCCUCCAAAACCUCCCAAGGCAGUGAUAACUCAGGACAUUGAUGUCAAAGCUUAUGACAAAAUCAACAACAGUGAGAUGGUGAAUGACUCCAGUAGUCAGCAAGAUAGUUCCACGCUAUCUGAGGAUGAAUUCUCAUCGCUAAGCUCCCAGGUUUUGCCAAAGACUGGGUGUGAAUUUUUGGAUAACUGGUAAUUCUUCAUUGGUACUAACAUGCUAUCAACUGCUGGAUUUUGAUCUGCCAAACUGUUUAUGUUGCCACUCAAUUUAUUAGAAACAAAAUAUAUAUGCAUAAGAACUGAUCGUGUAUUUAUAUCAAACUACGAUCGCCCUAUUUUAGAUUACACUGCCUUUAUUAUAAUA